UGGGAAUAUAUGUUUCUGCCGAGCCCUAAAAUACUACUCCUACUACACUCCAUCAGAAUCAGCAACUAGUCCAAAUCGAACAAAGCUCCAGCUGCUCCGGCCACGAUCGGCCGCUCCGAAACGAUAACAGCCGUUACAGUAAAUAGAAGAACCAAACUUUUCUAGGAACCGGAUUGGAUCACUCGAGAAAAUUAAACAAAAAUACAGAGUGGACAAAAACUUGACCACUUCGAGAGGAGAUCGAACCUCCAACUAGGUCACUUGGAGGGAUCUCAGCCCUAAGCCUUUGGGCAGUUCUAUGUUAUUCUUGCUUGGAGUUAGCAUUGGGAACCAUUAUUGCUUUUCUGAAUCUGGGAUCUUUAUUGAUUAAUUAUAAAGUCGCUCAAGAAAUUGGAACUUCCAUAGUACAUGACUUGCCAUUUUGAGUGACUUUACCAGGAUGAGGACAAUACACCGCAGUGGAUUCUCUAAAAUAUCGAAUGACACUGUCCGACUGAUAAUUAUAACCAUCAUGGGAAUGAUCUUUGGAUAUUUUAUUGGAGUUUCAUUUCCAUCUGUUUCUCUUUCAAAGAUUGGUUUACCUUCCAGCAUUAUAUCAUCUUUUGAUGUAGCAUUCAAUGACAAUUGGCAUAGACAUGUUAGUGACCACAUCCCUGAAACUCGUGCUUCGACUGAUACUGCACCACCCAAGAUAUAUGUUCCUACGAAUCCCCGUGGUGCAGAGUCAUUACCUCCAGGAAUCGUAGUCUCAGAGACUGAUUUGUAUCUGCGAAGGUUAUGGGGUGAACCUAGUGAGGAUUUAAAAAAGAAACCAAAGUACUUGGUUACGUUCACAGUUGGAUUGGACCAAAGGAACAACAUUGACGCUGCAGUUAAAAAGUUUUCUGAGGAUUUCCAAAUUUUGCUUUUUCAUUAUGAUGGCUGGACCAGUGAAUGGGACCAAUUUGAGUGGUCACAAAGGGCGGUUCAUGUCAGUGUAAGGAAACAAACAAAAUGGUGGUAUGCAAAGAGGUUUCUGCAUCCUGAAAUCGUAGCAGCCUAUGACUACAUUUUCAUCUGGGAUGAAGAUCUUGGAGUUGAACACUUCAAUGCUGAGAAGUAUAUUCAACUGGUCAAGAAAUAUGGUUUGGAGAUUUCUCAACCAGGUCUUGAGCCCAACAAUGGAUUAACUUGGCAGAUGACGAAAAGGAGAGGUGACAGAGAAGUUCACAAGGUUACAGAAGAGAGGCCAGGCUGGUGCAGUGACCCACAUUUGCCUCCAUGUGCUGCAUUUGUGGAGAUCAUGGCCCCUGUGUUUUCUCGGGAAGCAUGGCGCUGUGUUUGGCAUAUGAUUCAGAAUGAUUUGGUGCAUGGAUGGGGAUUGGAUUUGGCCCUUAGAAGAUGUGUGGAGCCUGCACAUGAGAAAAUCGGCGUGGUUGAUUCACAGUGGAUUGUACAUCAAGUGAUUCCGUCACUCGGGAACCAGGGCAAGCAGGAAGAUGGCAAGCCUCCAUGGCAAGGGGUGAGGGAGAGGUGCAAGAGCGAGUGGGCUCAGUUCCAAAAGCGUCUUACUGAUGCAGAUAAGGCAUACCUUUCACAGAUUGGAAAGGGUUAAAAUUUACAUGUGAAUGUCUUGUACAUACUUUUUUUCCUCUUUCUAUUUCAUCUCUGUCCUGAGGUGUUCCAUAGCUCCAUUCUUUGGCGCGAUGUUUAAUAUAUUUUCCGAUAGUUGUCGUAGCUACAUUUACUGUAGUCGUGGACUUUCAUAAUCAGAUUAGGAGGAAAUUUCCCCCUUUUUGUGCAUAA